GCGUGAAUUGGCGAGACAUUUUACCCAAACAUGGCGAGCAACUGUUGUGGGGUUAAGAAACAGAAGCUAAACAAUUCGAUGCCUUCCAUUUGUAAUGGUAAUGUACAGCCAGGACAUUCCAGUUAUCAUAAGAACGGAUAUUCGGUAGUUCUUCCAGAAAUGUGCUAUUUUUGUUUUGAUGUUCUUCACAGUCAUCUUCAUAAUUAUGAACCGCCUAGACCUAACCCUCCUUUUACGAAUGAGGCCUUCCCUUUAUUUGUGACAUGGCAACAAGGCCGGGAAAGACGGUUACGUGGUUGUAUAGGAACAUUUUCUCCUACCUCUCUACAUAGUGGACUUAGGGAGUAUGCAAUUACAAGUGCAGUGAAAGACAGUCGAUUUGAGCCCAUCACAAAAGAGGAGUUUCCAAAACUACAUUGCUCCGUCUCUCUUCUUACUCAUUUUGAGGAAGCCAUGGAUUAUUUAGACUGGGAGUUAGGGUCACAUGGCAUUCGAAUUGAAUUUAUUAAUGAAAAAGGUCACAAGAAAACAGCAACUUAUCUACCAGAAGUGGCAGUUGAACAAGGUUGGGAUAGAGUACAGACUAUAGAUUCAUUGCUACGUAAAGGAGGCUUUAAGGGCCCAAUUACACCUGAAGUUCGCAAAUCUAUACGAAUGACCCGCUAUCGAAGUGAAAAAAUGACAAUAGCCUACAGUGACUAUGUAGCUCAAAAGCAGAAUGGGAAUGCAUGAUGUCACGCCCGCCUCGACCUUAGGCAGCAAGAACAGCAGCACGACCACCAGUCCAGCACUACCAUAAUUGUCAUCAGUCUCAUAAUCACUAUUUUUAGCCUCGUCAAUAUCAUCUUCAUCAUUAUGACUAUUGAGGGAUCAUAUUGAAACAAGUUGUUAACGUAUACAGCUCCUAACAUUCAGAAAACAGCAGGAAAUUUUAAAAAAAUGUAAUUUAGUUAUAUUCAACUACAGACUUGUAAAUGUUGUGACAUACCAAUUUAAAACUGCAUCUGAGAAUUCUCCUAGUAGUUUUUUUUUGUUUGUUUUAGCUUAAAUAAUGUUGAUGGGACUAGAUUCAUUAGGCUAAGUUAGUACUACAAAAUAUAAUUUUUUUUUUAAUUGAUCAUAAAUAAAAUGUCAUUGAGAUAAUUUGUUUGUAAGGGUGAUUUUACAGAUUUGCUGUAGAAUUUUUUUUUAAAAUAAUGACUUUUAAAAAUAUUGUAAAAUAUAUAGUCUUUUAAUUUUUAAUUGUCUCUUAUACAGAAGAUGAUAACUUUGAAAAAAAAACAUUUCCAGUCUUUGUAAACAACACUGAGCAAUUAUUUUUUUGAGCUUAGCUUUGACAAGUUUCAGAUGUGACAUUGCAAGUACCAUUCUUUCUUAUAGCAUUUGUAUUUAAAUGGCAAAAUUAUUGAGACUGUAUUUCAUUUUAUUUUUAGACAUGUCAUCUUUGCAUUAAUAAAAUUAUAAUAUUUAACAAAUGUUAUUCCUAGAAAAAUUAAAACUAAUUGGCUGAUGUGUGACUUUUUGUUUUUAGUGCUAAAUGUUGGUUACACACACACACACAUACAUUAAGGCAACUCUACAUAUAGUUGAUAUAUUGUUUGAUUAACAUAUAAUGAUUAGUAGUAUAUAUAUAUUUUAUUUUGAUCAAAUCCUUUAAACAUGUCUAAACAAUAUUUGGUAUUAUAUAAGGGCUUUCUCACCAAAUAUCCUACAUGCGCAGUUUUUUCAUGCAUUCAUCAGUGUUUUUUAUUUAUAUAAACAAAAUAUAUCAACUAGCUUUGUUUUUCUUAUAUUUGGUUGUAUAAUAUAAUUUUUUAAAGGAACAUUUUUUUUUUUUGCGAUAAUUAUUUUAACCUGCACACAUGCAUUUUUGGUGGCCUUAGCACCAAUUGUUGUGAAGUCAAUGAUCUUUCUCUGGCUGGGACACUUGUGAUUUUGUCAUGUUUUUUUUUUUGUGAGGUGAACUAUUUUUCCAGAUUGUAAUUUUUACAUUUUAACCAUUUGUGUCAAACAAUAGAGUAUGGAGUUGAACAGUAAUAACAGUAGUAAAGUCUAUAAUUAGAUCUAGGGCUUUUCUUUAAUUACCCUUAUAGAGAUAAAACAGAAUUGUAUCAUUGUAAAAACAAGACCAUUUAGUUGUUUUUUUUUUUGCUUUUGAAUUUUUUAUUUUAAUUUUUUUUUUCACUCUUUUCUACUUGUAUAGUUUACUUCAGAUAAGUAAGAUACUUAUUCUCUUAGUGGCCGUUUUGGAAUAGCGCUGUUAGACUUUGAAUGUAUGAAAUAACUUUUUAUAUGACCAAUUUUAUUAAAAUAUGUUAAAUACAAUGGAUAUUCAUGUGAAGUAUUUUUUUGGCACCUAAAUAAUGCUUUGGUAAAAUAAUAUGUCAAUAUACUUAAGUAAGGAGUUACAAUUUGAGUUACAAUGUGAUACUUAUAGAGAUGAAGUAUUGUAGUUCUUGUAGACUUAUUCAUCUUUGGAUAGACAAAGUCAGCCUUUCGCGAUCAUACCUUUACUGGCAAUACAAAACACUUGCUAUAAUCAGAGAUGCUGAAAAAAAUGUAAGCACUUGACUCAAUUUUCUUUGACCUUUAGAAUAUGUGUGUGUGUGUGUGUUUGGGAUGAGUUGACAUAAAUCAAGUUUAGAAAGUAAAAAGUUUUUGUCUGCUUUCAAUUUAGAAUAGACAAAGUUUAUUUUAGUUAUUUUCUUGUUUUAGUAUGCCAGAUGCAUGCAGGGCUUUGUAACAGGUACUCUGUUUUAUACACAGGCCUGUAAAUUAGUCUCUCAAUUGAUUUUGUUGGACUAAAAUUAGUCUUGUUUAAACCUGUUUUUUUUUUUAAAUCAUGUCGUUAGUAAAUCAAUACAAUCUAUUUGUUUCUAAAAAAGUAUAAAUAAUUGUUUGAACUCCAUUAUUCCAAUUAUCAUGUAGGUCAUAGAAAGACCAAGGCACAAAAAGCAUUUUGUUAUUCUUUUUUUUCCUUACAUAUUAAAUAUGUAUGUGUAUCAAAUACAAUGUGAAUUUAUAAUUUUAUUCAUUUAGUAUUGUUUUUAUUAGCUGGCACCACUAGUAGACCUAUGUACUCUUUUAACUGAAAAAAAGAUCCUCUGUGAUAUGAACUAAAGAUAAGAAACAGAAGCAAGCACAUGUAUUCAUAUAUAGUUUCAAAUUUUCUAGAGCUGAAUUGUAAGCUUUAAUUUUUCUUGCAAUCACACCAAUAAUUGCCCAUUUAAAAAAUUGUCUUGGAUAAUUUGAUGUGAUUCAACCCUGUCUUAUCAGAAUUUAAUGUUUCAAAAGUAGAUAGGCUACAAAUAAAUCAUUCUUUGAAUAAUUCCCUCCCCACUUUUGAUAAUAAUCUACUUUAGGCUAGUUGUUACUCUAAUCAUUUGCACCUCAUGAACUAGCUCUAAUCAUCCACUCUGAGAAAGUGGAAAACUACUGAACAAAAUAUGUUUUAUAUAUGCUAGGACUACACAGUCACUCUAAGGACAUGACUAGGUUCUACACAUCUACUAUUAGGACAUGACUACUGGUAAUGCACUAGGAUAUAAUUACUUCUAUUGAACAAUAAUUCAUUUUGCUGUUAUUUUUAAGUAUGGUAGACUUAGUAAAUGGUUUCAAAUGUGUUGAUGAAUUAGUUUUUUAACUUUUUGUUUUAUAAUUGUAAUUGGUUACAUUGUAUGAUCAAUAUGCCAGUUACUACAAGGUAGUAAAUGCCUGAGAGUUUGAAAAAUCAUCUCCAUUUGAGUGGUUAAUCUAUUUUAAAACUGAUUGUCUCAUCUCAUUUUAUAUGUUGAUUUGUAUUAUAACUUUAAUGUUUAUUAUUGUCUUCAUACUUGUAAGAAAACUUUUGUUUUGAACUUUUCUGUCCCCUCUUGACUUUUAAUUUUAUAUGUAUAAAGAGAGAAUGAUACUGUCAAUUUAGAGUUUGAGAAGAAUUUUGCUUUCUUUUAUGAUGGCACCUUGAUAUGGUAAUGAGCGCAAUGCUAGGGUUUUUAGCAUAUUAAUGAGACAAAAGUCCUUGUUUAAGGAAUGAUUAAUAACAUGAAGAAUAUCAGUUUUAAUUAUUGAUUUUAUGUUUUCUAAAUUGUAGGUAUUCCUUAAAAAAUACAAAUAUUUAUAUACUAAUUUGUUACCCCAUUGAUUAAAGAUUACUGAUACCGGGUACAGUAUUUUUUUUUCUGCAAUAUAUAAUGGGAUAUUACUUCAACCAAAGUAAAACUCCAUAACUUUUUACUUGAAUAGUUUUUAAUUCCCCACUGUCUGUAUCAUUCCAUGGGCCAUCAUCAGAUAUAUAUUUUUGAGGCUAUGAAUUUAUUUUAUUCAGCUUGGUAUGGGGCUGAGAAUAGAAAAAAUGAGUAUAUGAAAAAACCCAUUAUCAACAUGACUUCAGUGAUUUCAUUGUAAAAUGUGUUAGACAUAUUCAGUGAGCAUAACUGGAUUGGCAUGAAUACUAGAGUCACACACUCAGGCUCAAUUCCUUGGAAGUGACAUAUUUUCAUAGAUGGUUCUAAUUGUACUUUCUUUGUGUAAAUGUCAGUUCUCUUUAUCUAAUCUCUGAUUUUUUAAUAGCUUCAAAUUAUUUUGAGCACUGCUAUGUCAGAUUCAAAGUGAAAUACAAGUUUGAAUUAAUCACUUUGUUGUAUUUAAAAAAAAAAAAAAAAGACUACUGAGUUAUUUACCUCUCAAUGCACUAGCAUUAGUAUCACUCUUGUAUUGAACUAAGAUGUAUUAAUUGUGGAGUGGAUGUAGAGCUUGCACCAUUAUUUCUUCUAUAGUGAUCAUACCAAAUCAAAGUGUUUGUAGCUCAUCUGUCAUGUAGACUUGGUGAGAGAUUUGGUAGAGUCAAUGUCAUGACAAUGAAUGCUUCAUUGUGAUUUAUUUGUCAUUUUUUAAAAUAGAGCAAUGUCAACUUUUGUGUGUCUUUGUAAGUACAGACUAUUCAUAUUGUAAUGUAUAACAUGUAACAAACAAUAUUACUACUAAAAAAAUAUAAAUAUAUAUACAAUUUAAAUACA